AUGCGUUCUCUCUUGGCAGAAUGGAAGCCCUACUACCUCGCACAUAAGGUCCCGUACAUGGUAGCCCGCCUCUCCUCUUUGAUAUUCGUUGGAGAGACCAUCUGCCACAACAAUGAGUGGAUUGAUGUUUCCGUGAACUACGCCAUCGAUGCAUUCAUGGCUAUGCGCGACCUACGAGAAUGGUCAUCCAUUCUUCAUCCGGUUGUACACUGGCUUUUGCCCUCUACCCAAAAGCUACGUGCGCAUUUGGAAAUGGCUCGCUCCAUCAUCAGCCGCGAGAUAGACAGGCGGGUGUUGAUUCGCGCGGGCAAGCUCCCUGCAGAUGAUCAACCUCAUGGGCCCGAUGCUAUGGACUGGUAUCAUGAGAGCGCCGAAGCCCAGAAUGACCUGACUUUUGAUCAGUCUUGUGCUCAAGUUGGAUUGGCGCUGGCGGCCAUUCAUGCCACCUCGAAUUUGUUAACCAAUGUCAUGUAUGAUCUCGCGGCGUACCCGGAGUAUAUUCAACCGCUGCGCGAUGAAAUUUGUGCGGUUGCUGCCGAGGAUGGAGUUCUGAAGAAGACUAGUUUGCUCAAGUUGAAGUUGUUGGACAGUGUGAUGAAGGAAUCUCAGCGCACUAACCCACUCUCAUUGACCUCCAUGAACCGCCUUGCCCUUAAGCAAAUUGUACUCUCCGAUGGAACUGUAAUUCCCAAAGGUGCCAACAUGUUUGUCUCUACAAAAAUCCUGGAAGAUGAUAGUAUCUACCCUAAUGCAGCGACUUAUGAUGGUUACCGGUUUUACAACAAACGCCGCCAGCCUGGCAACGAACACAAGCAUCAGUUUGUCACAAUGACAAGCGAGCACUUUGUCUUUGGUCAUGGUGUCCACGCCUGCCCUGGCCGGUUCUUCGCUGCCAAUGAAACCAAAAUUAAGCUUCUUCAUUUGCUCCUGAAGUAUGAUUGGAAACUGCAGAGCGGCGGUCGACCCCCAAACAUCGAAAACGGUGUCGAGUCUAUCACCGACCCACGAAUUCAGAUUCUGUUUCGAUCGCGUGCGUCGGAGGUUGACCUAGGUUUCCUAGGAGAGUAG